AUCUUAUUCAGUGCGAGCUGAGUAUAUUUAGCAGGCAGACUGUCAGUGUCGCUUUCUAUUUCCGCCGGCAGCCAUGUUUAAUGUUGUAAGGAACUGCACUGCCCAGAUUUUGAGGGCUGCAAAUCCUGUUUUAAACAAGUCAACUGCAAUUAAUGCUACCCUUAGACCAGCCGCAGGUUUUCAUAGUUCUCAAUCGAACAAUGAAGCCGCCCAAAGUGCAACCAAGGGAACCCAAACAGCAGCUAAACCUGGAGUAGGACAGGUUGUAGCCGUUAUUGGUGCCGUUGUAGAUGUUCAGUUUGAAGAAGGUCUACCACCAAUCUUGAAUGCUUUGGAAGUUCAGAAUCGAUCCCCAAGAUUGAUCUUGGAGGUUGCCCAGCAUCUUGGAGAGAACACUGUAAGAACUAUUGCUAUGGAUGGUACCGAAGGUCUCGUUAGAGGUCAGCAAUGUGUAGAUACAGGCGAUCCCAUCACGAUUCCAGUAGGACCAGAGACCCUUGGAAGAAUUAUCAACGUUAUUGGUGAACCCAUCGAUGAGAGAGGUCCAGUAAACGCUAAGGCUACUGCCGCUAUCCACGCAGAAGCUCCAGAAUUCGUAGAAAUGUCUGUUGAACAAGAAAUUUUGGAAACUGGUAUCAAGGUUGUCGAUCUUUUGGCCCCUUAUGCUAAGGGAGGAAAGAUUGGUCUCUUUGGUGGUGAGUAG